CGUAGCUAUCUAUUGAAUGAUAGUCGAAACAAUCUCUAUCGGUUAAGUUAUUAUUCCUGACAAUAUGGGCCAUCUCCGCUGAGGCACUGCAGGCUCAUCAGCUCGACAGGCUUCUUGUCCUGCUCUCCAGAGCGAUAUCAGCCACCGUAGGUGUUAAGAAACAUUCAUCAGAUAUGUUGAGCACAAAGGCCAUUGUUGGACUUGAACCACGAUGCAGUACCUUGGGAGGUUUGUGUACUUGCUCAUUAGGCAGGGUGGCAGGGAUUUCAAGGCUGAAGGGCAGGGAUGCCACGACCCUAAGCGAGGCGUAGUCACCUUCCGAGCACUUCUUCCCCGAAACAUCAGAGUCAUGCAUUCCUAUACACACGAUGCGCAAGACGCUUCGAAGGUCCUGCAAUGCUUGCGCAAAGUCAAAAUUGGCGUGUGACCUACGGACACCACAAUGUUCACGAUGCGCCAAGAGAGAUUCACCAUGUGUAUACGCCAAUCAGCCACUGUCUGCAUCGCCAACGGACAGCGUAAUAACGCCCUCAGUUAAAGCAGCCUCUCCGGCAAACGACGACACUUCGAUGGUGGUGUUGACCAAUCCUGGAAUCCAAUCCUUCGACCCUUUCGACACAUACCCCAAAACAAGACUACCACGACCGCACGUGCAGCGACUGAUCCAGCAUUUCCUUUCUCACAUCGCUUUCCAGUACUAUCCAUUGGAUCUUGACAUCACAUCGAAUCCAUUCGUUGUAUCUUGGUGGCCACUUGCUCUUGCAGAUCCCGCUCUAUUCCACGUGUCACUCCAGACCGCAUCACUUGAUAUCGACUUACGAGCGCAAAAAGGGUUUGCUAACUCAGAAAUCUUAAUGGCUGACUCCGUUUCACUAGUCAGACAAAAGAUCGCUGAUCCUACAGCUGCACUGCAAGAUGAGACGAUGGACUCUGUUGUCACCCUGGCCGCCAUCGAGUAUGGCAAGGGUAAUACGGAUGUCAGUGCGAUGCAUGUCGAUGGCCUCAAACGUCUUGUUCAGAUGCGAGGAGGAAUCAACAAUGUCAAGAGCGUCACCCCUCUUACCGCUAGGAUGGUUGCAUGGGUCUGCAUGAUUGUCAUGCAAACGCCACAGUUUCCAGCGCAAGACAAUCUUGGAUGCGGUGAUGGUAUUGCGCCUAUAUCGCAAUGGUACGAAGCUACGAGCAACAUCCGAGUUCUGGCUCCGACAGUGCUCGACAUCCCUCUUCUCGAUCCCGACAUCACAGACGCCCUUUGCCGGCUCCAUAACCUCUUUGACUCGAGCCAGUACACCUUGUCUAGUACCGACUUACAUGACCUGACAUGUUAUGUCGUUCACAAGCUAUUACUCUGGACACCUCAGCCCCAGCUCAACAGCUUCCUGUGCGAUCUGACUGCUUCUGGGAUCGUCCGACACGCACUGGUACUAUAUCUCCUCAUCAUCCACGGACCCACGUACUUCUCACAUGCACGCCUACAGUAUGCUACGGCUCUCAAGCUUCAAGCGCAGAUGGAGCACGCCUGGUUCAACAUGCUCUUCAGUCAUGGCUCUCUCGCACUGUGGCUCCUGUCUGUCGGCAUGGUGGCCUCUGAUGGAACACCGGAAGGUCAAUGGUUCGUCACCCAGGCUCGCAUAGCUGCUGGAGCUCUUAAUUUACAGACAUGGGAUGACAUUGUCGUUCGCUUCAAAGAGAUAGUCUGGCUGAACUCGCGAACGGCUGAACCCAUGUUCCAGCGAAAGUGGCAAGAAGUGUGGGCCAUCACACCUACUUGAGUCACAGCGAGAAUUUCACGUCAAAUGAACCUUACAGGCCUCACUCACUCCUGCUCAGAAGCACUGUCGCGUUGCAGGUGGGGAUCCAUACCUUCCCGUCGCCUGGCGUCCAAUGCGGACCCACUCCGGACCAAACGGGACUAGUCUCCGAUCGCCUAACACCACCCACGAUUAGUCAGUGCGACGAAGUCCAUCGGACACUUGACCACAAGGCCCUAGUUCCCAUCAUCAGGUACAUA